GGUUUCUUGCAGGCCGGUCCGGCGCUCCAUGGCCAAGCCGGGGGGGCCCGAGGGCGAGCCCCCCAGCGCGGGGCUGGACCAGGACAAGUACGACGCGGAGGAGAACGUGAAGAUCAUCUGCCUGGGCGACAGCGCCGUGGGCAAGUCCAAAUUAAUGGAACGCUUCCUCAUGGAUGGGUUCAAACCGCAGCAGCUGUCCACCUUUGCCCUGACCCUCUACAAGUACACAGCCACCGUCGAUGGCAAGACAAUCCUUGUGGACUUCUGGGACACUGCCGGGCAGGAGCGUUUCCAGAGCAUGCAUGCGUCCUACUAUCACAAGGCCCAUGCUUGCAUCAUGGUCUUUGAUGUCCAGAGGAAGGUCACCUACAAGAACCUGAGCAACUGGUACAAGGAGCUGCGUGAGUUCCGGCCCCAGAUACCCUGCAUCGUGGUGGCCAACAAAAUUGACGCUGACCUGAAGGCGACUCAGAAAAGCUUCAACUUUCCCCGGAAGCUCAACCUGCCGCUGUACUUUGUGUCUGCCGCAGAUGGCACCAACGUGGUGAAGCUCUUCAGCGAUGCGAUCAAGCUGGCCGUGGCCUACAAGCAGAACUCGGACGACUUUAUGGACGAAGUCCUAAAGGAGCUGGAAAAUUUUGAACUAGAGACGAAGGAGGAGGAUUCCCCCACCGAGGAGGCCAACCAAGGGGAGCCCUCCCCCGUCCACCUGAGCCCCGGGAGUGAUUAGCCCUGGGCUGCCACCUGCACAGACGCUGCCAGCAGCAGCAGCUGCUCAGUGGAGGCAACCGGGACCCCUGAGAAGGCAACCAGGUGGACAUCAGCUCUGCUGCCCUGGGAGAAUGUGGCAGGACGGCCAAGUGGUAGCUUUCUACCCCAGAGAAUGGGGCUGCUGGGUCUGGUAGAAACUGGGCUUAUGAACGCCCCAUUCCACUUCUAGGAGGACCCUCAGUAUAUAUUGUUGUUGUUGAAAAGAUUCCACCCUGAGAAAUAAAUAUUGGGAAUCUUGAAACCA